CUAUGCCCGUCAAAUGUCGUCAAAGCAAAGUUUGUUGCCUGGAUGUCCUGAGUGAGAGGAAGACGAGAGAUCUUGCUUUGCAGCGGAGACUAGGUAGACCUCACUCCGACUUGUGACUCUACAAGCUCCUCUGCAAUCUGCAUGCCGUGUCGCAGUUGAGUUCAUUGUCUCGUCGAAGGACUACUAGUAUUGUCGAGCUUACAAGGUACUGCAAGGUACUGCAUCGUCGGACAGAAAGUGCUGGUCUGUGAAUAUCAGUAGCCUUCAAGUAUUUCCUGCUUCCGACUCGUGGCAGUCGUUCGAGGAACUAAAGUGUAAUUUUCAACUCAUCCCAGGUCUCACUAAUCCCAGCCUGUCGAAACCGACGCGAAACUUCGAAAUCACGUCGAAAUCCACGGUCAACUAUGCGGGCGUGUGACAGUUUCGUUGCGGGGAAGGGUGUUGCGACGUUCUCCUUCAUCGCGGCGCUGUUCCUUGCAGCUCUCUCAGGCUUCACCCAAGGCACUCUAACGUCCCCAUGCCGAACAGGUUGGACUGGUUACCGUGGAAACUGUUACAAAGUGUUCAACGAAAGCGCUAACAACAUCUAUCAUACCCAGUCCGAAACGUUCUGCCAGACCCAGGGAGCAUACCUUGUGAACAUCGAGGACCAAGCGGAGAAUGACUUUGUCAGUACCAUGGUGCUGGGACAUAACCUGGCGAAUGUCUUCGUUUCCAUCGGGCUGCAAGAGGAAAAGAACCGCAACACCUUCAAUGUGUGGCGUUGGUACCCGUCCGGUCGUCUGCCCACAUUCACACAGUGGGCUGGGGGAGAUGUCAUGGGAGAGAACCGCUAUGCUUACCUGGUGGUGGGAAGCGACCCCAGACUGUCCGUGUGGAGAUCCUCGCACAACGUACGGGCAAAGUUUAUGUGCGAAACUGGGUGUGGAAGUCCCCUGAGUUCUGGUGCGGCAGAGAACGUGCAGGUGACCGGUAACACAAGCUUCUCCGGUGCGGCCGUCACCUAUUCCUGUCCACCCAAGCACUAUCUACUGGGCCGUGCCCAGAGAAUCUGCCAGGGUGACUCGCUAUGGUCGGAAGAGGAGCCGGAAUGCACCGAUAGCACAGCCUGUCCUGAUGGCUGGCUGCAGUACGACACCAACUGCUACCGUGUAUUCAGUGACGUCAGCCGCUCCUGGGAUGAGGCACAGGCGGCAUGCAGCAGCAGCAACGGUGCCUACCUUCUAAACAUCGCUGAUCAAGCCGAGAAUCUGCUGAUAGGCAAGAUACUGUACACACAGAAUCUCCUUUCAACACAAUUCUGGAUCGGACUGAGUGAGGAACGUCUGUUUAGCACUAAUGGAGACUGGAGAUGGAGGCCUCGUGGCAAUGCCCUGCUACCGGGCUUUGAGGCUUGGGCACCGUCCGAACCUCAAAACCUCUACCCAUGGGACUGUGCUACAGUGAAGCUGUCCGUCGACAGUUUCUCGCAGCCGGAGUGGUAUGACUUCCGCUGUGAUGAGUCCAAGCCGUUCAUUUGUGAAAGAGGCUGCCACGAGCCGGAUGGUAUCAAUCCGGACCUUGUUCAGACGAACGGCAACAGCACGGGUGUCGACUCAUCGCUCACCUAUCGAUGCAGUGAUGGCUACGAGAUUGUUGGUGACACCACGAUAGUAUGCUUACACGGCGGACACUGGGACGCAACGCAAAUACCAACAUGUGAACCGGCCCGUGGUGCCCGGACUCUGUGCAACGAUACGCAUAUGACAGUAGCUGUUGGCAAGUUUGACCUGGCUGGCUUCAAUCCAUCCUCCAUUCACUUACUGGACAGCCAGUGCACUUUUCAGCAGAACAGUUCCCACUACUUUGCCACAACUCUGCUGGACGGAGGCUGCAAUACUAGUAGAAUUGUUACCAAGGAUCAGGUGGAGUACAGAAACAGAGUGCUCUACAACACUGGCGCAGUCAACAUCAGUGUUUCCUGCUACAUCCGCUCAACUGCAAACUUGUCUCUGGAGAUAGCUCUAGAGCGGCGUGUACCAGUGACAAUGACUGCAAGCCCAGGGACACAGCAGUAUGAUAUCAGCUUCAAGGCAUUCAAUGACUCAUCGUACAGGUUCCCCUACCAGCGCAGCAUCUUUCCCACACCGCUGUUCACCACCGAUCACCUGUUCAUGUCGGCUGCGGUCAAGACCAGCGACCGUCAUGUGACCGGACUGAGGGCCAGCCAGUGUUGGGCAACACCAGGUGAUCAACAAGCACAGCCACAGGUCGUAUUCCUGGAUGAUGGAUGUCCCACAGCUGAUGGGGACGUGUUGUUGUACAAGACAACCGACGGAAAGUCGAACAACUUCAGCGUUGCCAUUGGCAAUCAGAUUGGCGACACGUUUGCCAACUCUCUGUUCUACUUGCACUGCACAGUGCGUGUGUGUCAGUCGGAUGAUGCGCAGAGUAUCUGUACGACAACCUGCACUGGAGAUGGUUCCACCGUUCGCCGCAAGCGUGCAGCAGAGGGCGACAUGUCUGAUCAGCUGAGCCAUGUCUUUGUAGGGCCAUUUAGGGUGGACAGCCAUGGACAGGCAGCACACAACUCAAAAGGAGAAACAAGCUCUUCGACAGUCUGGGUUAUGAUAGCAACAUCCACAGCCCUGGUAGCCAUGGCAAGCGUGGCGGCCGUUGUCUAUCGUCGGCGCAAAAGAAGCUCUUCCGCACGCCGUCGGGCCAUGGCGGGGCAAUGCCAUCAGCGCAAUAACAGCGCUGGUGACGUGAUCUACAAUGAAUUUGACGCUGAGUCGACCUGUGAUGAGCUUGGUGAGUUUGGCGGUGCUGCUGCCGCGAGGAGUUCAGACACGAUCAGUAUUGGCACGCAGAUGACCCUGAUAGAUGACCUGCAGCACUGCGACCACCUGUCCUGGAAACUGGCCGCUGAGCAAGACUGCGAAGAUGUCUUCUAACUUCCAACCCAGGGACGAACCACUCCGUCACAGCAUGCUGGCAUGCAAUACCUGACGACCGUGUGGUAUGCGCCCUGGAAAGAUAUCACCCAUACAGGUGUUUUGUGUGCGUUUGGUGCGUGUGUGCGCGCGUGCUUUUACUGUUUUAACUGCCAUUGUCCACCUUGUGCACGUGUUGUUUUCAACUACACUGCUUGUAUCAAGUACACUAGACACUUGGUCCUCGUCUAGAACCAUAGUCUGAACUCUUGUCUGUCUGUUUGUGAGAUUGCAAUCUUUGGUCUAGGAAUCACUGACCCUCUGCAUGCAGUACAUCACUUGCUUUUCUGCAGCCUCUUUCUGACCCCACCUGCACAUUUUAAGCUGAAGAUAUAACUAACUGCCCGAGCUUGGUACUGUAGUACUUCACUGUUCUCCCUAGUAGUAAAAUACUGGCACUUUAAUACUCCCUGAUGUUCACUAUGGAAAGCAAAGAAGACUAGAGCCACGUAAAC